CGAUGGAGCCCUCCAGAGCCCCUCCAAGACCCUCCGCUAGUCCUUGGGCACGCUAGCCUGAUUGUUACUGUUUACUGUUAGACUUAGGGCAUCGCAGUCUAGUUCUGGAGAAGAAAGAGAGCGAACGAAAGGAAAGAAAAAUCAACGAUAAACUUCCACUAGAGCCGUUUGAAUCCGCUCUUCUCCUGACUUGCCCAUCAUCUUCCCCAUCUAAGGUCUCAGGGGAUGUAUCAACUUUUUUUUUUUCUGGUUUCUGGAUCUGGAUAUGACAGAUCCAAUCGCUUCUUCGCACUGCAUCUUCAGCCCCAACAACUAACUACCUGCCAGCCAUUCAUCCAUCCAUCCAGUCCGCCCACCAGCCCCAUCCCCCUUCUUUCCUUACCCCCUCGCUUCUUCACCCCGACCACUAUCAUUAUCAUUGUUCUACUAGAUAGUACUUGUUGUUGUUGUUGUUUAUUUACCUCUUGUCUUUCAAGAUGCAGACAGACCCUCCCCUCCGCCCGUCGCCCCGGCAAACCCAACGCAAAGAAGCUUCCGUGCAGGAAUCACUCCCCCCUUCCGACUCCUGCCUGCAUCGCAUCAAGUCGGUAAGUACGGAGUACCUAGGUAGGUAGCUACUAGGUAACUAGGAGAUACAGUAGUCCUGCGGUAAAUGCAUCUGACACAUCCGAUCACCUUCCCUCCCCGGU